AUGCGGAGCUCUAUAAUAGUGGUUGCAUCCCUAACAUUUUUAUUGACUUGUGGGAUAAGUAAUUCUGUCAUAUUUAAAAUGACCAAUGUGGUGUGCACAAGUCAUAAUAAAUCGUGGGUGCGGGUCAAUUUGUGUCGUUUGAAAGCGAUUAGUCGAUCCAAAGUAGUGUUCAACUUCAAUGCUACCCUAUUAUACCCGACCUCCGACAUCAGAGUGACUUACCGGCUCUUCAAAAAGGAAAGUGGCUAUAAGCCCUGGCUAAUUAAUGUAGAGAUCGAUAGUUGCCGAUUUUUAAGAAAACCCUAUGACUUCAUGGGUGUUAUGAUAUACAACUUUUUCAGAAACUUUACAAAUGUGAAUCACACUUGCCCGUUAUCCGGUGAUUUAAUCAUAAAGAACAUGUAUUUGACCACUGAACCGUUCAAGGGACUUCCUUGGCCCUCCGGCGAUUAUUUAUUCGCAAUGAAUUGGAAGUUCUUUAGGAAGCCGCAGUUCGACACAAACGUCAGUUUUCAAUUUAUUGAAAAUCUUUUGUAA